AUGGGCCCCUGUACCGCCUCCUCACGCUGCUGCAAGGCCCCUAAUCUGCCAUGGGCCCCUGUACCGCCUCCUCACGCUGCUGCCAGGCCCCAAAUCUGCCAUGGGCCCCCGUACCGCCUGGUCACGCUGCUGCUGGGCCCACAGUGUGACCUGGGUCCCUGUACCGCCUCCCAUUGCUCCCACUCUGCCAUGUGCCACUUUGAGGUCUCCUCACACUCCUGCGGUUUUCCAUUUUGUCAUAGGUUGCUGGCAGAUUACAGGCCUCCCAUAGGUGCUGCCAGGCCCCAAAUCUGCCAUGGGCCCCCGUACCGCCUGGUCACGCUGCUGCUGGGUCCACAGUGUGACAUGGGUCCCUGUACCGCCUCCCAUUGCUCCCACUCUGCCAUGUGCCUUUGAGGUCUCCUCACACUCCUGCGGUUUUCCAUUUUGUCAUAGGUUGCUGGCAGAUUACAGGCCUCCCAUAGGUGCUGCCAGGCC